AUGCGCAGUCUGGUUUGUUUCGUGUUUGCGUCCAUCCAUGUCGCUUCAGCCUCUCACUGGCCCUACGGGCGCACGCGUACUGCUCACUUCUCACAAGGCGCAGCCACGGACGGCAAGCCGGAGUUCGACGCUAUGCCGGAUGACCUUUACCUUCACUGGCUACGCUCAACGAUUGCUUCUCACAGCGAACUUCAGACUCCAUUUGUGAACAACACCAUCCCUGACGACGUCAAGUCGCUGGAGGACCUCUGGAAUCAUGUUGAUUUUCCGAAAUCCCCCACCGAUGAUCGUCUUGCGAAACUUCGCACACCUCAUCUACCAACUGUCCCACCACACCGUGAGGCGACAUCACUUUUCUCCAAUCUCGGAUAUCCAAUCGACCCAACCUGUUCCGCUGACAAAGCGAAGUGGUUCUACCGCACAACCGAUGGGUCUUGCAAUUGGCUGCAGACAGAUCACGCGUAUUACGGCCAGCUCGGUCAACCUCAUUCUCGAGACUACAACCAAUACUUUUACAAAGACGGGAUUAGCGAGCCAAGGGAUGGCCCGAAUGCGCGUGCUGUCAGCAAUGCGUUUUUUAAGCGGAAGCAGAGGCUUUAUUAUGACCAUACUCCCGUUCUCCUGGGACUGAUCGAGUUUAUCAUGCAUGAUGUAACGUAUAGCGAGGAUUCCCUCACCGAGUUCGUCGACGUUCCAAUGCCUGAUGAUGAAGAAACCUUCCCACUCAAUACCACCUUUCGUGUGUGGCGUACGGAGGCUGUCGCUGGCACGGGAACAUCGCUCAGCAACCCUCGCCAGACUUUGAACCAGGCAACGAAUUGGAUCGAUGUGAGCUCCCUAUAUGGAAGCACAACGGAGGUGUCGCGCGCGUUACGAUCCUUCGACAAGGGCAAGCUGCGUACCUCGCCAGGGAACUAUCUCCCGUUCAAUUCCAUGGGCCUUCCUAUGCGAACUCGCCCAGGUGUAGACGUGAAGAGUCUAUUCGCGGGAGGAGACCCACGGACGAACGAGGACUGGAUUAUGUUGUCUGUCCACACGCUGCUGCUGCGUGAUCACAACCGCAUGUGCGAUUUGCUUGCAACACAGCAUCCCGAAUACAACGACGAAAGGAUCUACCAGACAGUGCGACUGGCGAUGGCGGCGAAGUUCCAGCUGAUUGCCAAUUCAUAUCAGAUGGCCUACUGGCAGACGAGCGGGAACGAUUCUAUGCCGUGGCCGCGAGACGAUGGUUUUCCUCUCUAUCGCCAGAUGUAUGGCAAGGAUGUUUUGGAGCUCAACCCCAUACAUAGCUAUCCGUGGCCGCUGGUGACCAAGGACGGAAAACCGAUGGCUGCGUCUGCGGAGAUGGCGAUCGUAUAUCGCUUCCACGAGUUUAUCAUUCCAUCAUUUCCACUCAAGGAUACGGAUAACAAGACGAUAUACGAGAAGGAUCUGUUCGAGAGUGCAUUUGAUGCGAAGGGGUUCGUGGAGGCAGGCCUGGAGAACAUACUCCGCGGGAUUGUGGCCACCGAUAUUCCAAAUUUCAAGUCGGGUAUCGAUGAAGCAUUUAGGUCCGCGGGAAGGUAUCGUGGUAGUCCAUUCGACAUUGCAACGUGGAGCAUCGUUCACGAGCGAGAGCAGGGACUACCGACUUUCAAUCAAUAUUUCCGCGCAUAUAACAGUCACGACCCCGCUGUGGUGAUCCCCAUCCGAAAACGAUUCGAGGACUUUUCCUCGGACCCAGAGGCCGUCGCAAAUCUCAAGCGGCUGUACAAGCAUCCGGAUGACGUCGAUCUUGUCGUUGGAUGCCAGUUAGAAGAGACCAUGUUUCCGGGUACCACCGUGCCUAGCUCAGCCCUCAUCAUUAGUCUUUUCAGUCUCUUUGGCCUCGGAAACUCCGACCGAUUCUCUGUGGGCUACGCCAUGAUGCGAUGCAUGAUUGUGGAUGCGCCAUGGGAUUGUACACCGACUAACGCGCUCGAGGAGUUGAUCUGGAAGCCUCGCCCGAUAGAGGGAUUUCCUAGAGCACGAUGGUUAAACAUGUUCUGGCUGUCAGAGCUCGACUUACAGGCACAUGGGACAAACCUCCUGUGGAGGCUUAUCGCGGAGAACAGCGAGAUCGACUGUCUACAGAAGAAUCCGCUCUUCCCAUAUAAUCCAGAGACAAAUCCUGUUCUGUGCUCGCUGACACCGAAGACGAAUUGGAUCGAGACAGCACUGACGGGCCUCGAGGUAGUCAUCGUGCUCGUCAAGGAGCAUAGGAAGGAGUUGUUGACAGCAUUGUCUGCCAUUCCUAUUUUUUUCCUCAUUUGGGCACUGCGUCGUGAAAUUCGUCCUGGGCAGCCGCCUUUGAUGUGGAAAUGGCCGCUAUUUGGUGUUGCACUGCAGUUCAAGUCGGAUCCCACAGGACUGGUAAAGCAAGGUAUGAAGAAAUGGAGUGGUGCAGUUUUCGGGCUGGAGUUGGCCAACACCCGACAGUUUGUCAUCACUAAGCCUGAAGACGUGCAGGCUAUCAUUGACGACGGACCAUAUGAGAUCAAGUUUUCGUUACAUGACUUCCUUGCUAGUGUCAAUACUGCUCUCAUCACGGGAGACGCAAAUUUCGCGACCGACCUCCAUACGAAGAUUAUUCGAGCUCAUCUUCACGACGAAGCGACGCUUGCUGGGUUUGCCAAGACAGUCGAGGACGCGGCUCAUUCCUUCUUCGCGGCACAUCCACUCGUGGCACGAGACCGGAUGUCAGAGCACUACACAGAUCUGAAUGACUAUCUCUACCUGUACAUCGCGUACGUGGUGUCUCGCUGCGUAGUGGGUCCCGAAGGCUUCGACAAUCCCGAGCUACUGAAGAUAUUCCUACAAUUUAAUGACGAUUCUGUCAAUGCCAUGGGUUUGGCUACCCUGCUGCCCUCGUUCUUGCGCUUCAUUGCUCGUCGACCUAUCACGACCGAUUGGAAGAAGAUGCGCCCAAUUUUGGUGCCGUUGAUCGCGAAACGGCGUCAAGUUGGCGGGGGUAAAGACUAUAACCUGCUGAACUUCGUAAUUCCUGAAGUACAGGAUGAUGAGCAAGCUUCGGACAUGCUUGGCCUCCUCGUUUGGAUUGGGCUCACGAACUUGCAAGCGUCCUUGACGAGUACAUUCUUUGAUAUCGUGAAUCAAUCCGGAUUGCAAGGGCACGUUGUCAGGUCCCUCUCCGACGCAACGCUACGAAAUCUAUCCAUGGACCGGACUGAACCAUGGAAAGUCCUGCGUGGUGCCGUCUUUGAAUCAAUCCGACUCUCAGGACCAGCAACAGGACCAGCACGCACAGCUUUACAGCCGUUCCAGCUUCCAUCCGAGCCCGGUCGCUACAUUCCGAGGGGACAGGCUGGGUCGUUGUCGGCUUAUUAUCGCCACAGGGAGACAAGUGCUUGGGGCGAAGAUGCACCUUUUUACAAAGCUGAUCGGUUCAUCGAACAGGAUCCUCCAAUUGGUAGCGAUAGGUUUGUAAGCUUUGGACCCAACACGCCUCAUCUCUGUCCGGGACGAUGGUUUGCGCUGCAAAGCAUCCAGGUUAUGACGAAGGCGAUCCUGGAGGAGUAUGAUUUCGCACAGGAUCGUGUACUGAGUGACGAUGAAAAAUAUAGGUACAGCUCAGGCUCGGUAUACCGCAAUCCUGUCGGGAUCACAGUCAGACACCAGAGGAAGCCUUUCGACGACAGCCGAGGAUAA